UACUUGUCAUCCAUGUGGAUGCAGCCACGCUUUUCUGUUGAGUUUAUGUAUCUAAUUCACGGUUGCUUAAUGUCUUUGCCAGGAGGUGGAAACAAAACUGCAUUACGUUGUAUCGUAUUCCUGUUUGUUAUUGGCACUUUUUUACUGUGUAAACAUAGAAUUGUAAUAUUUAAAAGUUUGCAGAAGAGUCUAAGCAUUUCGAGUGGUUUUCCAAAUGACAAAAAUCGUAGUCAGACAGAAGAUGUAACAUUAAUAACAGCUUACUUCAACAUAGGGGCUUUCGAAAAAAAACGAAAUACAAUUUAUUCUUCCAGCACAUAUUUUAAUUGGAUGAAACAAUUUGAAUCUGUAAACAAUAGCGUGAUCCUUUAUACGGACAUAAAUGAAUUUGCAAUGAAGUUUAAAUCAAAUCGUAAACACUUCCCCACAUAUAUGACAAAAGUAUUUUUGGUGAAUCAGUCAAAUUUCUGGUCUUUUAAAUUAAAAGAUAGAUUAGAAGACAUUUAUUAUCACACAGGAUACCAGAGAUACUAUCCAAAUGUAGUAAUACCUGCAUAUUCAUGUGCUAUGAAUACGAAGUAUGAAUUGAUGGAAAAGGUAAUAACAGAAAAUAUACACACAACAGCAUUUCUGGCAUGGAUUGAUAUAGGCUAUUUCAGAAACAAGAAACCAGGUUUUAUAAAAAUGGCAAUCCCAAGAAGUAUAAAGGAUGAUCAUGUUUCCUUUUCUCAGGUUCAAUUUUUUAAUGAUCAGCUCACUCCAACUGAAAUUGUAUAUGAAAGUAGGUUUUACAUAGCUGGUGGAUUUUUCAUUGGAAGACCAAAAUAUCUUUUGCUGUUUGCCCAGGAUUAUAGAUUAGCCGUAGAAUGGAUGAUUGAUAUGAACCUAAUGAACUCAGAUCAACAAGUGUUAUAUAUCAUGUAUUCCCCAAAGUCAUCCUUUCAGCCAAGAAUACCAAUUCAAACGUUUUUCCAACCGAUUAGUUUGAUAUUAAGAAGCACUGAUCGAUGGUUUUAUCUUGGUAAAAUCUGUCAAAAUUUGAUUUAACACGAUUUAAGUGUGGACAAGUUUAUCGCUCCUUAAUAUUGUAUUAUUAUAAUAUUUUUGAAAGGUGUUUUUUAUCUAUUUUGACAACCCAUUGUCUUGAAGGAAUCAGAGUGUAAGCAUUAUCGCAUACUGUGUCAAUUUGCUGGAUUUUAAUUGAUGCAGGCUGCACAAAGUAUUCCAAUGACUUAAGAAAGUGCAUUCCUAAUAUGAAAUAAUGCAAUAUAACGAUUAAAAGUGAAUUUCAUACUAUUGUAAAAAAAUGCAUUAAACGUGAGAAAUAUGAUUAAAAGUCACUUGAUUCCUAUUUAAAUAAAUGUCUGAAUAUUUUUGAUAUUUUAGAAAUAGUUAAAGAGUAAGUCAUACGCUAAUUUUUAGGAUUAAAAACAAAAUUCAAUUUCUCUCAAAGGGUUUUGUCUGCGUAUUGGCCGACGCAGCCACAAUGUUGUGGUGGUAUGAAGUAAAUACUACACGGAAGUCCUUAAGAAUGAAUUUAUACAUUCAAUUACAUUCAAGGCCAUGCAAUCCACAGACAGUCAAAAAGUAAAUACUCCUUCCUCUAGCAACUCUCAGCUUUAGAUCUCCUCUGACAAGUUGAAAAUUCGACUAUGUAUUGGCUUUCUUAACUACACAAAUGCUUGUUCAUAUUUCGUUUCAUCUAAGCUUCUAGUUAAUGUUCUACUACUAAUCUCUCUCUGAUUUUGACUAGUACUUUUACUUCUAUUAAAGAACUUGUUAUUCAUUUUUGUAUUAAAGCGUAUAAAAAUAAUGGAAUUAACAAUUUUUGGACUGCAAAAAAUUGAUGUUUCGGAAAAAUCACGUGCUUAAGGGACUUUCCUAUUUGAAUUUUCCUUGGAGUUAGGUAUUUUUGUUUAUGCAGUUGGUACAAUGCAAAGAAAAGUUUCAGUCGAAUAGAGACUGUUUAUGUCAAUAUCUUGCCUUGCUUAUAUGUUUUGCUGUUAAAAAAUUCAGUCGAUCUGUUGUUGUUUUAAGGAUACAAAAAUACAAUUGAUGGGAAGCAUCAUUUAAGAAAAUAACUCAUAUAAGGAGUCGACUCUUUACUCUAUCUUGACUAGCAGAUUUUUUUGGUUGUUUAUAAUUUCUUAUUCGCUAAUGUAGUUCUCAAAAUUCUAAUACAAAUACAAACAUCGUUUAGAAUUGUGGUUAGACCAUAACUCCUAUCAACUGAUGAUUUUGGUCAUGUUGACCUUUUCUUAGAUUUUUUUCUUUGUGCUUUUGGCUGAUCAUUUUCGCUCUCUCUAUAUAUCGUAGUUGUAAAGAUAAAUACCAUAACCACAAAACAAUGGUAAAUACCAAAUCUGAAGAGCUUUAACUUAUACAAGGAGUUGAGUUAAAUUUCUAAAUCAAAAAUACGUAAUGUUUGUGGUUCUUUCCAUUAAUGUAUGUUAAAAAAAAGUAAGGGAAUGAUUGUACUGUUGUAUUGGCUGGAAGCUUUGUCCUAUAUAUUUAUAACUUGUAUACCUUAAACAUAAUUAGGUAGAUGCAGUGUGUAGGCCCGAUUCCA